GUAUCUGUGAUUGUCUCGUGAGCAUAUAUAUGACAAUAACCAAACUUAUUCUUUAAGAAAUGAAAAGAUCCCAAUUCAUAAUUUUAGAUUUUCUUUCUUUUUUUUCUUUAAAAAUAAUCUUAGACCUUUUAACAAAGUCGUAUCUAAUUUUUUCCCGACAAUUAGAGAUUAGUCACCGCUAAAUAAUAAUGCCGGAGUUUGGACAUUUAUUUAUUUAUUAUAACAUGGUAAACAAAAAAGUUAAGAAUUUGUAGAAUUGGGUCCUAUCUCUAGAAAACAAUUCUUUCCCUUUCUAUAUAUACCCCACCUCCACUCACAUACGCUGCCUACUUAAACGUCUCUUCUAUCACCGCCUCUUACCAUUACCGCUACCACCUAUCCCUAUCUUGAUCUCUCUUCUAACUUCUUUAACAAGGAUUUUGAUAAAAGGGUUUGUAGAAAAAAAAAGAAAAAGUGAUGUCUUCUGUUGAAGAGAAAAGCAAGGAAGGAAAAAAGCUACAAAAAAGCUACUUUGAUGUGGUUGGUUUAUGUUGUUCUUCAGAGGUUCCUCUGAUUGAAAACAUCCUUAAACCUCUCCAAGGAAUCAAAGAGGUUUCUGUCAUCGUACCUUCAAGAACUGUCAUCGUUGUUCAUGACUCAAAUCUCAUUUCUCAACUCCAAAUUGUUAAGGCAUUGAAUCAAGCAAGACUAGAGGCAAAUAUUAGAGUAUAUGGAAAUGAAAAACACAAAAAGAAAUGGCCAAGUAUUUAUUCAGUUACUUCUGGAUUGUUACUUGCACUUUCAUUUCUUAAAUUUGUGUAUCCACCUUUCAAAUAUCUUGCUCUUGGUGCUGUUGCUGCCGGUGCACUUCCGAUCAUCUUGAAAGCUUUUGUGUCCAUAAGGAACCUUAGAUUUGACAUUAACAUUCUUGUCAUCAUAGCAGUUAUUGGCACAAUCUCUAUGGAAGAUUAUUUGGAAGCAGGCACCAUUGUUUUCCUCUUCUCAAUUGCAGAAUGGCUAGAGUCAAGGGCUAGCCACAAGGCAAAUGCAGUGAUGUCGUCGUUGAUGAGCAUUGCUCCACAAAAAGCAGUGAUAGCUGAAACAGGAGAGCUUGUAGAUGUUGAUGAGGUGAAAGUAAACACAGUUUUAGCAGUUAAAGCAGGAGAGGUUAUACCUAUUGAUGGAGUUGUUUUAGAUGGUAACUGUGAAGUUGAUGAGAAAACAUUGACUGGAGAAUCAUUCCCUGUAGCUAAACAAAAAGAUUCUACUGUAUGGGCUGGCACAAUCAAUUUAAAUGGUUAUAUUAGUGUGAAGACUACUGCAUUAGCUGAAGAUUGUGUGGUGGCUAAAAUGGCAAAGUUAGUGGAAGAAGCUCAAAACAGCAAAACUAGCACUCAGAGAUUGAUAGACAAGUUUGCCAAGUUUUAUACUCCAGCUGUUGUAGUGAUAUCAAGUCUUGUAGCAGUGGUUCCAAUUGUGUUAAAAGUACAUAAUGAAAAAUAUUGGCUUCACUUUGCACUAGUUGUUUUAGUAAGUGCAUGUCCAUGUGCACUUGUACUUUCAACACCAGUUGCAACUUUUUGUGCUUAUACCAAAGCUGCUACAUCUGGUCUUCUCAUCAAAGGGGGUGAUUCUCUUGAAACAUUGGCCAAAAUUAAAAUCAUGGCUUUUGACAAAACUGGUACCAUAACAAAGGGUGAAUUUGUGGUCACAAAUUUUCAAUCUCUUUCAGAUGACAUUGAUUUGAACACAUUAAUUUACUGGGUGUCAAGCAUUGAGAGCAAGUCAAGCCAUCCAUUGGCAGAAGCAGUUGUUGACCAUGGAAGGUCUCUCUCUAUUGAACCAAAUCCAGAAAAGGUGACGGAAUUUGAAAAUUUUCCCGGAGAAGGAAUCUGUGGAAAAAUUGAUGACAGAGUUCUCUACAUUGGAAACAAAAAAAUCGCCACAAGAGUAGGGUCUGAAACAGUUGUUCCGAGGUUAGAAGGUGAAGUUCAAGGAGGAAAGACUAUUGGUUACAUAUACUCAGGAUCAACCCCAGUUGGAAUUUUCUCUCUAUCUGAUGCUUGUCGAUCAGGGGUUCAGGAGGCAAUAUGGCAGCUAAAGUUGAUGGGAAUCAAAACCGCAAUGCUCACCGGAGAUUGCCAAUCAGCUGCGAUGCAAGCACAGGAACAGUUAGGUAAUGUCCUUGAGGUAGUCCAUGCAGAACUUUUACCGGAGGGAAAGGUAAAAAUCAUCUCAGAAUUUAAAAGAGAAGGCCCAACAGCCAUGCUAGGAGAUGGUAUCAAUGAUGCGCCGGCAUUAGCUUUGGCUGAUAUCGGAAUAUCAAUGGGAAUUUCAGGUUCGGCAUUAGCAACCGAAACUGGGGACAUCAUUCUUAUGUCGAAUGACCUCAGAAAAAUCCCAGAAGCAAUUAAGCUUGCGAGAAAAUCUAGAAGGAAGGUGAUAGAGAACAUUAUAUUGUCCGUGAUCACUAAGGUUGCAAUCCUUGCCUUGGCAAUUGCUGGUCACCCAAUUGUUUGGGCAGCAGUUCUUGCUGAUGUUGGAACAUGUCUGGCGGUAAUCUUAAACAGCAUGUUACUUUUGCGAAAAAAACACAAGCAUGGAGGACAAAGUUGUAAAUCGUCAACUCAUCAUAACCACAAAAAUGGUUGUGGUGACACUAACAGUGGAUCCUCUCAUCAUCAUCAUCAUCAUCAACAUCAUCAUCAGCAUCAGCAUCAACAUCAACGUCAUAGCCAUAAGCAUUGUUGCUCAGAAAAGGCUGAGCCCCAGAAGUGUGCCUCCCAGUCAUGUUCCUCAAAGAAUCCACCCUGCACUUCAAAUCCAAGUUUAAGUGGAAAUGUUGAUCAUCUCAAAAACAUGGAGAAUCAUGAUCAAUGUAAAGGAAGCGAUGAAUUACAUGAAUCAGAUCACUGUCAUCAUGGAAAAUGUGACAAGAGUCAAGAUGUAGUCCAGAAGCAUGAUAUUGAAAACAAGUGUUGUUCAGAUUCACACAAUGUGGCUCUAAAUGCCGAAGAUACCGGUGCGGCAUCAGUACACAGUCAUGGCAAUUGUUUGGCACAUAAGUCACAUGGGGAAAAACACUGCCACAACCAAAAUAUUGACAUGAUUACACAUGAUAGCACUUCACUUGGUUCUCCAUGUCAUAUCCAUUCCUGUGAUGAAAAAGAAAGCCAACAAUUUAUUAAGCAUUGCCACUCGAACCAUGGUUGUGAAAAUCUACACGACCACGGAACCAUUCAUGACAUUCAUCAUAAAAAAUCAGGUUGUCAUUCUGAUUUUAAGGAGCACGAGACAGAUGAAAUAUCCAUCGACAUCAUAACUGAGCACGUUGAAUCAGCUCCGAAGCACGGUUGUUCAAGUUUGGAAGACAAACAAAAAGAUUCCUGUAAAGACUGCUCCAAACCAUGUGAGAUUUUACCUGUUGAGUGUGGUGGCUGUGAGGUUUUGAAUGAGAAAGAAGUUAGUUCAUGUUGCAAGAAUGAGUGUUCUUCAAAGGAAUCGAUCGAAACAUCAAUUAUGCAUGCUUGUAUUAGUUUCGACAAAAGAGAAGUUGCUGGAUGUUGCAAGAGUUACAUGAAGGAAUGCUGUGGCAGGCAUGGACAUCCAGGAGCUGGUAGUUUUGUAGGAGGUUUAUCAGAAAUAGUUACAGAAUAGGUGUAGCUGACUCCAACAACCAAAAGCAACAUAGUCGGCAAUCUUGUUUGUGAAAAAUGCAAAUGAAUGUUUAGCAGAUUAUCUUGAUAUAUGGAAUAACAAAAAUGUAAAGCUUUAAAUCAAUAACUGUAACUGGUUAUAUUAUAUAGGCAACAUCUUGCUUGAUCUUGCUA